AUGUCGGACUCUGUAGAUCGUGUAUUCGUUCAUGCCCUAAAUACCGUCAAGAGAAUCCCCCGGACGGGCACGGCGCGCCCGCCCGCGGCGGAAAGGUUGAUGCUCUAUGGCUUAUACAAACAGAGCAUGGAGGGGGAUGUGGAGGGCGUUAUGGAUCGACCGAUUGGGAUUUCCCCGGAGGUGCAAGCAGAGUGUGAGAAAUGGGAUGCAUGGUAUUCGCAUCGCGACCUGUCGCGCACUGAAGCUAAACGUCGCUAUAUCUCUACUCUUAUUGAUACGAUGCAUGCAUAUGCAUCGCAAACACCCGAGGCUCGCGAACUCGUCGGCGAGCUCGAGUUUGUAUGGGACCAAAUCAAAAAUAAUGCUACUUCGUCGUCAUCGUCAGGACCUUUAAACGCCGUUGGCGUGCCGCCCUUAUCUCGAUACCAAGGCAGUUCGUAUGGGAGUAUUGGAGGGCGGCUAGAUGGGUUAGUAGACCAGUAUGAUAGGCCGAGUUCGCGAUAUGGCGGCCAGAAUUCACAACUACGAGUGCUCAGCCCCGUCAGUCAGCCGGAGGAAGAAGAUUACUACCGGCACCGACGACGGCGGGCGGGCCAUGACAAUGAAGACGAGGAACAUGUCGAUGACGAAGACGAGGAUGAAGACGAAGAGUAUGAAGAAGCCCGUGACAGUCUCUACGAAGAUCAAGAUGAAGAUCAAGAUGAAGACAACCUCAGCACCCAAACCGGCACAGACCACGCCUCCCAUCAACAUAAACAUACAUCAUCCAAAGCCAGCACCCACUCCCGCUGUAAUUCCCACAACCAACAUAAUACACGAAGUGGCCCCUGGCGCCGCAGAGUCGAGCAGGCCUUGACCAAGAUGACCGCUGAAAUCGCCGCAAUGCGCGAGCAGUUGGAAGUCCGCACAUUAACACAUCGUCGGCGGUCAGGUAUCCUGGCCUGGCUUAAGUGGAUUCUCUGGGCGUCAAUGCGCCAGUUCGCCUGGGAUCUUGUUAUGCUAGGCAUGCUACUCAUCUUAAUGCGGAUCCGUGGAGAUCGGCGGCUUGAGCAGCGCUUGCGCAUAGGCUGGUCAGAGUUCAAGGCACGGCUGGGCCGUUUUAAUAGCCUCGGCCGAGUACCAUAG